ACCUCCGCCUGCCGGGUUCAAUCCAUUCUCCUGCCCCAGCCUCCCGAGUAGCUGGGACUACAGGCACCCACCCACCACCAUGCCCAGGUAAUUUUUGUCUUAUUAGUAGAGAUGGGGUUUCACCAUAUUGGCCGGGCUGGCCUCGAACUCCCGACCUCGUGAUCAACCCACCUCAGCCUCCCAAAGCGCUGGGAUGACAGGCAGGAGCCUCCACCCCCGGCUUACAUCAGGCCUCUGUUCUUGCCACACCCCCAGGUUUAUGGGAAUUGGCUGCAUAUGACGUGUAAAGCCAUUCUUGAACCCAUGCUCCAGAGAAAGGCCUUCCCAAUUUCUCCGUCCUUUUUCCCCUCUCCCAGCCUAGAAAAAGGCGUUUUCUCUCUCUCUCUUCUUUCCUUUUUUUUUUUUUUUUUUUUUAGUUUCAUUCUUAUUGCCCAGGCCGAGUGCAGUGGUGGUGCGAUCUCAGCUCACCGCAACCUCCACCUCCCGGGUUCAAGCGAUUCUCCUGCCUCAGCCUCCUGAACAGCUGGGACUUCAGGCACCUGCCACCAUGCCCUGCUAAUUUUUCUGUAUUUUUAGUAGAGACAGGGUUUCACCAUGUUGGCCAGGCUGGUCUCAAACUCCUGACCUCGUGAUCCGCCCGCCUCAGCCUCCUGAAGUGCUGGGAUGACAGGCCUGAGCCACUGCACCUGGCCCAUUUUUUAAAGCUUUAUGUGUUUUUAUAGAUUUAGGGCAUAGAAAUGCGGUUUUGUCACCUUGGAGGCCGUGACACACAGAACGGCAAAUGCAGCCUGUUCUCACUUAUGAGUGGGCGCUGAAUAAUGGGUCCAUGUGGGCACAGAGACUGUCACCAUAGACACAUGGCUGCUUUUUCUACAUGCACCCGCAUCUCCGCUCUCCUUCCGGCUGGAAUUGCAGAAUGGCCAGGCACGGUGGUUCAUGCCUGUAAUCCCAGCACUUUGGGAGGCAGGUGGAUCACCUGAGGUCGGGAGUUCGAGACCAGCCUGGCCAACAUGGUGAAACCCUCUCUCUACUAAAAAUACAAAAAUUAGCUGGGCGUGGUGGCGUGCACCUGUAAUUCCGGCUACUGGGGAGGCUGAGGCAGGAGAAUCGUUUGAACCCCAGAGGCGGAGGUUGCAGUGAGCCGAGAUUGCGCCACUGCACUCCAGCCUGGGGGACAGAGCAAGACUCUGUCUUUAAAAAAAGUAAAAAAAAAAAUUUCAAAAGUGUCAAUAUGGCAUGAACUGUCGUUAAUUCGUUCACGUGUACUGUUGAAAUGGAUGAAUAUGGUUGUCAGAACGCUAUGGUUCAAAUUCCAUGGGCCCCCAGCCGACAGAUGAAGCAAAGGUAUUUUGAAACAUCAUCUAUUCUAUGUGUAAAAUAGCACUGUCUGCAUUUUUGAAACAUUUUAGAUGAAUAUUACACAUGCAUACGGUGGUUCAUGCCUGUAAUCCCUGCACUGUGGGAGGCCAAGGCGGGCGGAUCACGAGGUCAGGAGUUCAAGACCAGCCUGGGCAACAUAGCAAGACCCCAUCUCUGCAAAAAUAAAGCAUUAGUCAGCCUUGGUGGGCACCUGUAGUCCCAGCUACUCAGAAGGCUGGCACAGGAGGACUCAUUGAGCCCAGGAGUUCGAGACCAGCCUGGACAAUGUUGCGAGGGCUUGUCUCUAGCGAAAAUACAAAACCUUUUAAGUUUUUAAACCAGCUGCACAUGGCCGGGUGCAGUGGCUGAGGCCUGUAAUCCCAGCACUUGGGGAGGCAGAGGCAGGAGGAUGACAAAGUCAGGAGUUCGAGACCAGCCUGGCCAACACGGUGAAACCGCGUCUCUACUAAAAAUACAGAACAAUUAGCUGGGCGUGGUGGUGCACCUGUAAUUCCAGCUACUCAGGAGUCUGAGGCAGGAGAAUCGCUUGAACCCAGGAGGAAUAGGUUGCGGUGAGCUGAGAUUGCACCACUGCACUCCAGCCUGGGCAACACAGCAAGACUCCAUCUCAAAAAAAAAGAAAAAAAAUUGCUGAGCAUGGUGUUGAAUACUUGCGGCCCCAGCUACUCGGGAGGCUGAGGCGGGAGGAUCGCUUGAGCCCAGGAGUUCAAGGCUACAGUGAGCAAUGAUUGUGCCACUGCAGUCCAGCCUGGGCGACAGAGUGAGACCCUAUGUCUAAAAGAGAGACCUUCUGUCUCUCAAAAAAUAACUUAAAAAAUACAAUAAAAAAACAGUCAUGAGGGGGCAUAGGACAGACCCCAGCCGUCGGCCACAGCCUUGGAUGUCCAGGUGGCGAUGUCUAGGUGGGCUGGGUUUAGGGUCCCAUUCAGCAGUCCUGCGGCGUCUCCCCGGGGACUGCAGAAGCUGCCGGCGGACAGGCCCCCUGGGGCAGGGGCAGGUGGAGUGGCGUUGCCCAGGUGUCCAGGCUGGAAUGGUCCCCCCACACCUCCCUUCUGGGAACCUGCCUGUCCUCCCUGGCUCUCCUUCCUUCUCACCUGCUGAAGGACAUGAACCCUAUGCUGGUUGCUUCCUCCAAGACACCCCGUCCCUCCCCCAGCCAAGACUCCAGGACACCCCGUCCCUCCCCCAGCCAAGACUCCAGGUCACCCCGUCCCUCCCCCAGCCAAGACUCCAGGACACCCCGUCCCUCCCCCAGCCAAGACUCCAGGUCACCCCGUCCCUCCCCCAGCCAAGACUCCAGGACACCCCGUCCCUCCUCCAGCCAAGACUCCAGGUCACCCCGUCCCUCCCCCAGCCAAGACUCCAAGACACCCCGUCCUUCCUCCAGCGAGUACUCCAGGACACCCCAUCCCUCCCCCAGCCAAGACUCCAGGACACCCCAUCCCUCCCCCAGCCAGGACUCCGGGACACCCCAUCCCUCCUCCAGCCAAGGCUCUGGGUCACCCCAUCCCUACUCGGGCCAAGACUCCGGGUCACCCCGUCCCUACCCUGGCCAAGACUCCAGGUCACCCCGUCCUACCUCAGCCCAGCUUCCUGAGUGUCACACUCACCUGAGUGGUACAGAACCUCCUAGACUUUCUGGCCAACUCUGUGUCCGCCACAUCUCGUCCCCAAAUGCCAGCUGCUGACUGUGUGCAGGCCACGAAUGCCCCUCCCGACACCCUUCUGCCAGACCGUGUCCCAAGGUUGUGGGGGGGGGGUUCCUGCAAUGCCCCUGAGGGUUUAAUGCUACAGUCUCUUCUGUCCACCGCCCCUGUCCUCCCUCCGUCUUUCCAGAUACUCUAGCCUCACGGGGCUCACAGCCCUUCUUUGAACAGGCUGGAGGCAGGGCUGGUCCUGCAGGGUACCUGCAGCUCCUGCUGCUGUUUCUGGGGAGCACCCACCGCUCUGUGCUGCCUCAGAUCUCAAAGACUUCCCCAACCCCCUCCACCCCACAAUUCAGCUCUCCCUCCCGUCCCCUUCUGUCCACAGCGCCCAUCACCUUCUAGCACGUGGGGCUUAAAACCUGGAUGAUGGGUUGGUGGCUCCAACCCCCAUGGCACGUGUGUACCUGUCCUGACACGUGUGUCCCAAAACUUCCAGUAAAAUACGAACAAAAACACAUACUAUACAGCUGCUGUCUAACCGAGUUAUACUCACAGGAGACAGGGACCAGGAAAAUGUGGUGUUGUUUUUCCUGACCGAGUUUUGCUCUUGUUGCCCAGGCUGGAGUGCAAUGGUGUGAUCUCGGCUCACCGCAAACUCCGCCUCCCGGGUUCAAGCGAUUCUCCUGCCUCAGCCUCUGGAGUAGCUGGGAUUACAGGCACCCACUAUCAUGGCCGGCUAAUUUUGCAUCUGUUUUAGUGGAGAUGGGAUUUCUCCAUGUCAGUCAGGCUGGUCUUGAACUUGAGACCUCAGGUGAUUCACCCGCUUUAGCUUCCCAAAGUGCUGGGAUUACAGGUGCACUCCACCACACCCGGCUAAUCUUUGUAUUUUUAGUAGAGACAGGGUUUCACCACGUGGCCCAGGCUGGUCUCGAACUCUCCACCUCAGGUGAUCCGCCCGCCUUGGCCUCCCGAAACGCUGGGAUGACAGGUGUGAGGCACCGCGACCGGCCUUGGUCUGGUUUUGAUGUGGGUGUCCCUGAUGAUCAGUGAUGCUGGCCCUUGUUUCAUACGUUACAUGGUCAGGCUGCGUCCCCACCCAAAACUCAUGUUGAAUUGUAACUCCCACAAUUCCCAUGUGAGAGGUAAUUGAAUCCUGUGGGAGGGCUGGUCUUUUCUCUGCUCUUCUCAUGAUACUGAAAUAGUCUCAUGGGAUCUGAUGGUUUUAUUUAUUUAUUUAUUUUUUGAGACGGAGUUUCACUCUUGUUACCCAGGUUGGAGUGCAAUGGCGCCAUCUCAGCUCACUGCAACCUCCGCCUCCCGGGUUCAAGCGAUUCUCCUGCUUCAGUCUCCCGAUUAGCUGGGAUUACAGGCGUCUGCCACCAUGCCGGGCUAAUUUUUUGUAUUUUUAGUAGAGAUGGGGUUUCUCCAUGUUGGCCAGGCUGGUCUCAAGCUCAUGACCUCAGGCGAUCCACCCGCCUCAGCCUCUUAAAGUGCUGGGAUUACACAUGUGAGCCUGAGCGCAGCUGAGAUAUGAUGGUUUUAUAAAGGGCAGUUCCCCUGCACACAUUCCCUUGCCUGCCGCCAUAUAAGACAUGCCUUUCAUCCUCCUUGACUUCCAACAUGAUUGCGUGGCCUCCCCGGCCAUGUGGAACUGUGAGUCCAUUAAAUCUCUUUUUCUCUCUUUUUGUUUUGAGAUGGAGUUUUGUUCUUGUUGAACAGGCUGGACUGCAGUGGCACGAUCUUGGCUCACUGCAACCUCCGCCUCCCGAAUUCAAGGGAUUCUGCAGCCUCAGCCUCCCAAGUAGCUGGGAUUACAGGUGUGAGACACUGUGCCUAAUUUUUUUUUUUUUUUAAUUUUUGGUAGAGAAAGGGUUUCACCAUGUUGGUCAGGCUGGUCUUGAACUCCUGACCUCAGGUGAUCUGCCGCCUCGGCCUCCCAAAGUGCUGGGAUGACAGGUGUGAGCCGCCGCGCCUGGCUAAAGUCUGUUUUCUUUAUAAAUGACACAGUCUUGGGGAUGUGUUUAUCAAUAGCAGGAAAACGGACUGAUAGACAUGCCUCCUAGCCACGUGCGUGUCUUCUUUUGAAGCGUGUCUGUUCGUGAGCUUUGGAAAAGGCUCCCCUCCGACACGACUGUGUUCUCAGCCCUUCUCAAUCCCUAAGGCAAUCGCCUUAACUGAGAUCCCUGCGAAAUCCGACAGCAGCAGGCAGGGACUUGAUCUCCUGAGUCACUGUGGGGUUACAUUAAGCACAUGGGAUCGGAGGCCAGCCCCUUCUGUCCCCUGGUAAAGUGCCCCCGAGGAUGCUUCAUUGCCCUAAACUUCAAGGACAUGCUAAUUUAUUAUUUAUUUUUAUUUAUUAUUUAGUUAUUUUGGAGACAGAGUCUCACUCUGUUGCCCAGGCUGCUGCGAUCUCGGCUCACUGCAACCUCCACCUCCCGGGUUCAAAUGAUUCUCCUGCUUCAGCCUCCUGAGUAGCUGAGAUUAUUGGCACACGCCACCACGCCCGGCUAAUUUUUGUAUUUUUAGUAGAGAUGGGGUUUCACCGUGUUAACCAGGUUGGUCUCCAUCUCCUGACCUCAAGUGAUCCUCCUGCCUUGGCCUCCCGAAGUGCUGGGAUGACAGAUGUGAGCCACCACGCCCGGCUAAUUUUUGCAGUGGUGCGAUCUCGGCUCACUGCAACCUCUGCCUCCCGGGUUCAAAAGACUCUCCUGCCUCAGCCUCCCAAGUACCUCGGAUGACAGGGGACAGCCAUCAUGUCCAGCUAAUUUUUGUAUUUUUAGUAGAGAUAGGUUUUCAUCAUGUUGCCCAGGCUAGUCUCGAACUCCUGACUUUAACUGAUCCACCCGCCUCAGCCUCCCAAAGUGCUGGGAUUACAGACACGUGCCACCACGCCAGGCUAAUUUUUGUACUUUUAGUAGAGACAGGGUUACGCCAUGUUGCCCAGGCUGGUCUCGAACUCCCGACCUCAGGUGAUCUGCCCACCUCAGCCUCUUACAUUGCUGGGAUGACAGGCUUGAGCCACCAUGCGCGGCCAAGCCUGUACUUAUAUCCUUCCCCUAGAAAAUCACUCUGGGUAUAUUACACUCCACUUUCUAUCCAACCACAAAACAAACAGGCAUUCUUGACAAGAUGGAGCUGAGCUCAUACUAUGAACCUUUUCUUCACCCCCCACAACAUGACACAUGUCCUCAGAAAUGGGGCAGAGACCUGCCACGGUCACAUUUUAAUUAUAUGCAGGCAUUUCAAUUGUCCAAAUAAAAGUUGCAAGACGUCUAGGCUGAAGUGGGACGAUUUUUUUUUUUUUUUUGAGGCAGAGUCUCACUCUGUCAACCAGGCUGGAGUGCAGUGACGCAAUCUCUGCUCACUGCAACCCCCCGCCUCCCGAGUUCUAGCGAUUCUCCUACUUCAGUCUCCCAAGUAGCUGGAAUCCUAGCUGUGCGCCAUCAUGCUCUGCUAAUCUUUUUGUAUUUUAUGUAGAGAUGGGGUUUUGCCAUGUUGACCAGGCUGGUCUUGAACUCCUGGCCUCAGGUGAUUCACCCGCCUCGGUCUCCAAAAGUGCUGGGAUUAUAAGCCACCGAACCGUCCAGUGGGAGGAUCCCCUGAGGUCAGGCGUUUGAGACCAGCCUUGGCAACGUAGUGAGACCCCCAUAUGUACAAAGAAUUGAAAAAUUAGCCAGGUGUGGUGGCUCACACCUGUAAUCCCGGCACUUUGGGAGGACGAGGCGGAUGGAUCACUUGAGGUCAGGAGUUUGAGACCAGUCUGACCAACAUGGUGAAAUCCUAUCUCUACUAAAAACCUGAAAAAUGGCUGGGCGUGGUGGUGCAUGCCUGUAAUCCCAGCUAUCCAGGAGGCUGAGGCAGGAGAAUUGCUUGAACCCAGGAAGUGGAGGUUGCAGUGAACGGAGAUCUUGCCAUUGCACUCCAGCCUGGGGUGACAGAGUGAGAUUCUGUCUCAAAAAAAAGAAUGGGUCUCAGUAUGUUUCCCAGGCUGGGCUGCUGACAUUUUGCUAUUGGUCUUCCAGCCUCUGGAACUGUGGGAGAACUGGGUUUUGAGCCAGCCAGUUAGUGGAAAUUCACAGGAGCCCCACAAAUGAACACAGAACCUGUUCAAUCCCUAAGACGAUUACUUCGGGCUCGUGACCGCUGAGCUUAUUGGUUUGGGAUGAGUUCUCCACCCGAUGACUCAAGGAUUCAUGGAGAUUAUUUAGGGCUGCAGAAACGUACGCAAGAAGCCAGGGAAUUCCCACACGCUUCCUGAUCCCCUAAUAAGCUUAAUGGAAAUUUCUGGAGCGAUCUGUGUUUGUUUCAUUACUGGGCAGCUGGCAGGGAGCUUCAGGCAGCCUCCGUGAGCAGGUGGCUGGCAGGCUGUUACCAGCUUGGUAGCAGGCUCCGUGCGCCUUGAAGCAAACAUUGCGGGGACUCCGGAGGCCACUGCUGGAUUGCAGAGAACAUGAGUUCCUCGGAGGAUCACUGCUAUCGCCUCCUCACUGACUACGCAAACGGCUUCAUGGUGUCACAGGUUCUCUUUGCUGCCUGUGAGCUGGGAGUGUUUGACCUCCUCGCAGAGGCCCCAGGGCCCCUGGCCGUGGCUGCCGUGGCUGCAGGAGUGGGAGCCAGCUCCCACGCCAUGGAGCGCCUGCUGGACGCCUGCGUGUCCCUGAAGCUGCUGGAGGUGGAGAUGAGGGGAGGACAAGCUUUCUAUGGGAACACGGAGAUGUCCAGAGUCUACCUGAGCAGGGUCAGCCCGACCUCACAGUGCAGUAUGCUGCUGUACAUGGCCAGGACCACUUACCAUUGCUGGGGCCACCUGGCACAGGCUAAGGGCAAGAACCAGUAUCUGCGGACCUUCGGAGUUCCCGCAGAAGAGCGUUUUACAGCCAUCUACCGGUACUCCGUCACUUCAAAACCAACUCACGUGUGUUUAUUUGGCCGGAUGCGGGGUCUCACGCCUGUAAUCCCAGCACUUUGGGAGGCCGAGGUGGGUGGAUCACCUGAGGUCGGGAGUUUGAGACCAGCCAGGCCAACCUGGAGAAACCCCAUCUAUACUAAAAAUACAAAAAUUAGCUGGGCGGUGACAGCCACGGAGAGCUGGGACCCGCCUGUGAGCACGUCCAGCUCAGAUAUCUCGGUGAAAGUACAAGGACGUAGAAUGUCCUACGUGCCUGUGAGCUCGGCGUGUCUAACAGCUACGGUUCCCCCGUCUCCAGUCACUUAUCUCUCUGUGUCACAUGCAAGGCUGCCAGGCGCACCCACGUGGCACAAGUAUGCAAGACUGCCAGGAGCACCGGCGUGGCACACAGCUCUGUUCUUGGCAGGGGUUCUCCACGUCUCUGCUCUGGACGCUUGCCUGAAUCUUCGCCACCUUUUACAAGCUUGCUUCUGCACAGCAGGUCCGAGGGGCGAGCGAGUGCAGUUCAUGCAAGCUCUGCUGGAGGUGUGGAGCGUGCACGGAAGCGUGCUCACCGCGUUCGACCUGUCUCUGUUCCCGCUCGUGUGCGACCUCGGUGCUUGUAAGAUUUCCGUUGAGACAUCUGCUAGGUCAAGGUCCCCCUUGCCUGGGGAGGAGCUUGGGAAGAAAAUCACCGAGAAGGAGCACGGGCCGGAGCUGUCUGUGGUCCUCCUUGGACUUCGUGUACCUGGGCCUUGCCACGGCGCCCUUCAUACCUGUUGGCCGUGCUUGGCUGGGCCGCUGCGCCAGCCACAAGAUCACACGGUAACUCAGCGUCCACGUGGGUCAGCGCAGCCAGGAAGACCAGACGAGUUCAGGGGCCCGCAGGCAGUCACGUUACCAUCCAUCCCAGACACGGCGGACGGACCCAGUGUCCCAGGUGGGGCUGGGGCUCUGGCCAAGCAGUGCCUUUGUCUGUACCCUGGAUGUCACAUCACCGUUUUUGACCUCCCAGAAGUGGUGAGGACGGCAGAGGAGCACCUCUCACUCCCGGAGGAAGAGCAGAUCGGCUUCCAGGAAGGGGAUUUCUUCAAAGACCGUCUUCCGGAAGCAGACUUGUACAUCCUGGCCAGGAUCCUCCACGACUGGGCGGAUGGAAAAUGCUCACAGCUGCUGGAGAGGGUCUACCAGUCUUGCAAGCCGGGUGGUGGCAUUCUAGUCAUUGAAAGCCUCCUGGAUGAAGACAGGCGAGGUCCUCUCCUCACGCAGCUCUACUCUCUGAACAUGCUUGUGCAGACGGAAGGCCAGGAGAGGACACCCAGCCACUACCAUGAGCUCCUGUCUUCUGCUGGCUUCAGAGACUUCCAGUUUAAAAAAACGGGGGUGAUUUAUGAUGCCAUUUUAGCCAGGAAAUAACUUUCCUUGUCAUCGGAAAUGACCAUCUGCUGGGAAAAGGUCUUGACAUACGUGUGAUGGGUUGUAUAUUGUUUACUGAGAAACGGUGGCAAGAAACUCCGUGUGUCCCAGGCAGAAAACUGUUCAGAGUGUUCUAGAAGACUGAACUGUAUGUGCUGGUCAUGCACUUGCUAAACCAACUCCCGAAACACUGGAUACAUGAUCUUGUCCCCAUUGGCGACUGGCAGAGUGCUUUCUGGCUUAUUUCUAUUUUACUAGUGAACACGCCCUAUCUGCCUGUUGAGUCUCUUUAUUCUGUGAAGGAAUAUUGAGCACCUGCUUAUUAAAAAUGAUCACCUGUUCUCAAAAGCAUAAAUACAUGGGUGAGAGUCUGCUCUGUGCUGUCAGCUGGGAGAUGCUGUCAGCCCCCCUGAUGUCACACUCUGAUUGCCA